AUGAGAACCUCAACAGUAGCUAUGAGUCUGUUGACGGGUGCUUUGCUGGUUGGCGCUCAAAACACAGUUUAUGAAGAUUUCACAGCUACCGUCACUCCAGUGAUAUUAACUAAGCCUGGCUUUUCAGGCAGUUCAUCGGGUGCUACAUCAACAUCCAGCACCGAUUUCGAGCCUAGUUCCACUGCAAGCAGUGCUCCUGUAUCAAGUGCCAGUUCCAGCUCCUUCUCAGAUAGCGUUCCUGCCUCUAGUGUCGUGUCUAGCAUGUUUUCUAGUGCUUCUUCAGUCUCUUCGGAAGUCGUACCCAGUACCCCAAUUUCGUCCUCUAUAGGCAGCUCGUUCAUCUACUCAAAUAGCUCUUCCACAAUUUCGUCAGCUACUUCUAGUUACUCCCCUAUAUCAAGUUCAUCUUUUAUGAGUAUGGCUAGUUUAUCUCCUUCAAAUUCAGAUGCUACAAGUGCUAUAUUGACAACCUUACCAGCACUGUCGGUUGGCAGCACGCCUUCAAGCUCUCCCUCAGUCUCCGUUUCUGAAAGUGGAUCAAACUCUGCUUCUACAUCCUCAGCUUCCCCCUCAUCUGAAAUAAUAUCGACCCUGCCCUCAGGCUCUUCAGAUAGCUCUUCAUCAGGUACGUCUUCAACACUGUUGAGCAUACCCUCCAUAACGUCGACAUCAACCACACCCUCCACAACGUCGACGACAUCAGCCACACCCUCCACAACGUCGACAUCAAAUACACCUUCCACAACGUCGACAUCAACUGCAACUUCAACGACGUCGACGACAUCAGCUACACCUUCGACGACAUCGACAUCAAGUACAUCUUCCACGACGUCCACGACAUCGAGCAUAUCGACUACAUCGAUUGCAACUGCUACUUUUUCGUCUUCCUCAGUCACCACCACAAGUUCAACGACCUCCUCACCAACUUCCACAGUCGUUCCUGCUCCUCAAUCCUCUCUUACAUUAUCAAAUGCAUUAGCAUCACAACUAUUGGCUGAACACAAUAGUAAAAGAAACUUACAUCAGAAUACCCCUCCUUUAACUUGGAGUGACAGUUUAAGUGCAUGGGCUUUCACUUAUGCAAACAGUCUUAGAGGCACUGAAUAUGAUCCAUGUUCCGGUAGACUGUUACACUCGAGCAACAGGGGUUUCCAAGGUGAAAAUAUUGCUUUUGCAACUCAAUCGAAUCCAACCGCUUUAGUGGAUCUAUGGUAUGAUGAAAUUCAAUACUAUGACUAUAACGAUAUAACAGGUAUUACUCAUAAUAAUCAAGAUGUUGGGCAUUUCACUCAAGUUGUGUGGGUAGACACCACCGAGGUAGGUUGUGCAGUUAUCGACUGCCCUGCGAAUGACGGUACUUAUUUACUAUGCGAAUACACGCCAGCAGGUAACGUCUACAAUGGUAACGCAGACGCAGAUGAAUUCAGCUACUUCCGUACGAACGUCAGACCUUUAAAAUGA